AUGAUGGCUGAUCAGAAAACGGCCCCCUCCCUGGGCGGAACCCAGGUUGGCGGUGGCGCCAGCGAGACGCAGCGAAUUGUCAAGACGCUGAAUGAUCCUAUCAAAAAGCAUCUGAGAAGCGUAUUCAACUCUACCGCUGGCGCAGACGGGCGUUGGCAGCAAGAGGAAAUCGCCUCGUUCUUGAAGAACGUCCAGGGCGACGCCCACGACACAGAUGCUCCACCCAAGCAGCCCGGCAUCGCUUCCACAGACGGCCUCAGCUACGAUGAAUUUCUCGCCUACAUGACGUCCGCUUCUUCAGCUAUCACGGCGCCCCCAAAGGAUCAGGAUCUGUCAUGGCCCCUCCACAGCUACUUUAUCAGCUCGAGCCACAACACCUACCUCACCGGCAACCAGCUCUACAGCGAGUCCAGCACUGAUGCCUACAAAAACGUCCUGCUUCGCGGCUGCAGGUGCAUUGAGAUUGAUGUCUGGGACGGGGACGACUCGGACUCGGAGAGCUCCAUCAGCAGCGAUGAGGAAGGAAGUGCCCCCGCAGCCUCGGCGCCCAAGAAGAAGGAGAGCCGACUCCAGAGACUCAAGGACAAGGUGCCGAAUCCGCUCGCACGAAAGCUCAAACGCUUGUCGUUGACAGGCUCCGAAGCGGCCGCCAAGCCCACCAGCAGCGAAACGAAGGCCCCUGCUGCGUCCUCUGAACCCUCGGCGCUGAAGAAGACACCGUCACCGCAACUGGCUAUUGUCGAGCCACGUGUGCUCCACGGGUAUACCCUUACGAAGGAGGUCUCGUUCCGCGAUGUCUGUGUCACCAUACGCGACUACGCCUUCAAGACAACGGAUACGCCGUUGAUUGCUAGUCUCGAAGUGCACUGCAGCGCUGAACAGCAGAGCAUCAUGGUGAAAAUCAUGAAAGAGGUCUGGGCCGAGCUGCUUGUUCCCAUUCCCGAUACUGAGCCCACGCAGCUGCCCCAACCCGGCCAGCUGAGGAACAAGAUCAUCGUCAAGGUCAAGUACGCUCCUCCUGGUAGCUCACCCGGACGCGACACGCCGGACCAGGACGACGAGACGCCUGCCGAUGGCAAGAAAGCCAAGCCGUCCAAGAUCACGCAGGAGCUCAGCGAUCUGGGCUUUAACAGCCGCGGCGUCUCUUUCAAAAGCCUUGACCAGCCUGAGGCGGCAAUGCCGACGCACAUCUUCUCCCUUGCUGAGAAGAAGGUUAUCGACGUGCACGAGGAGAACAGCAAGGCUCUCUUCGCGCACAAUCAGAACUACAUGAUGCGCGCAUACCCUUCAGGCAUGCGCGUCAGAUCCUCCAACCUUGAUCCUGCCCCCUUCUGGCGCAAGGGCAUCCAGAUCGUGGCGCUGAACUGGCAGAGAUGGGACGAGGGCAUGAUGCUGAACGAAGGCAUGUUCGCUGGCACGCACGGCUAUGUCCUCAAGCCCGAGGGCUACCGCGGCUCCAAAGGCGUCACCCACGUGGAGAAUGUCGUCCCCGCCUCUCAGAUUGUCCGCAAGACGUUGGACUUGCAGAUUGACAUUCUCGCCGCGCAGAAUAUACCGCUGCCGCCGGGCGACGACGACGCCAAGGGCUUCAAGCCAUAUGUCAAGGUCGAGCUCCACAUCGAGGGGCCCGAGGAGCACAUUGCCGACAACGGGCAGGAGAGGGAGGGCGAGUACAAGGAGCGCACGCAGACGCUGCGCGGGCGCGAUCCAGACUUUGGCGGCGAGGCGCUCAAGUUUACGGGCAUCACGGGCGUGGUCGAGGAGCUCGCGUUUGUGCGCUUCACCGUUCGCGACGAUGAGUUUGGCCGUGAUGAUCUGUCGGCGUGGGCGUGCGUCAGGCUCAACAGGCUGCGCGGUGGCUACCGCUUCGUGCACCUGUCCGACUGCGAGGGGCAUCUCACCGAGGGUGUGCUGCUUGUGCGGGUGACGAAGCUUCUGCGAUGA